UCGCACAACUGACAAGGGUUGUGUCUCCCUGCUUUUCACCAUAAAUUUACAAUUGAGUGGAAACUUGUGAAAAGGAGGGCAGCAGCAGGAGCGGAUCUUUUUUUCGGGAGGGUGUUACUCUCUCUCUUUAUAUAUAUAUCUGUGUGUAUGUGCGUGUAUAUGUGUGUGUGAGUGUGUUUUUUUUUAUAUCUGCACACUGGAUAUUUUUUCUUUAACGAGACACAGAAACAACCAUUGAGUGGAAACCAUCGGCGAGAAGAGAACUUCAACUUCUCCUCCUCUUCUCCCCAUAACAUUUGGAUUUAUACACGUACACAAGCGUUGUAGAGGAGGCUGCAUGAAGGAGCUGCCCGGCCCGGCGGGGGCUCGGCCGACACCCUCGUUUAUGGAAAUCGACACCGAGGCUUUAACACUCGGGCCUUGAUUUUUUUUUCUCUCUUUUUAUGACGGAGGAUAAUCGUGAAGAAGAAUUAUAUGUGGAUACGCGACAUAUUAACACUCUACGGAUGACUUAUUGAUUAAAAUGAUCCAGUUUUGCCCCCUUUUGAAAAUUUUUUUUGGGACAAAUUGAUCGGCUAACAGCUGCUAGCUAGCCCGGAGAGCUAACGUUACGUCUUUCUUUUGAUGCAGCCGUUUACUCCUCGGCCAUCAACUAAAAAAAAAUAUAUAUAAUCUAAUUGUUACACAUUAUAAGUCAAAUUAGCUUCUUGGUGUACUAUCCAAAAUUAUCCAAACAUCUGUUUUUUUCCUUUUUUUUUUGGGAAAAAGAAUAUAUGUUUAUUCUUCGGGCAAAUUGUAUUGUGAUGUAUUGAGCUAGUUCAUGCUAUGCUAUGCUACAAACGGCUAAUUAACCGUCACUAAACUAAAUAUUAGCUGGCUUUAAAUAUAACGUUCUUAUUUUAGGUUUAUAUCUAAAUUCAAAACAUAAUAACGGUUAAGCUCGUGUUCAUACUAUCCUACAAACGGCUAAUUAACAGUCACCUAAACUAAACGUUAGCUGGCUUUAAAUCUGAAGUGUUUUUUUUAAUAUAACGUUCUUAUUUCAGGUUUAAAUCUACAUUUAAAACAUAAUAACGGUUAAGCUCGUGUUCAUUCUAUCCUAAAAACGGCCAAUUAACCGUCACCUAAACUAAACGUUAGCUGGCGUUUUGUUAAAAAAUAUAACGUUCUUAUUUCAGGUUUAAAUCUAAAUUAAAACCAUACUAACGGUUAACCUCGUGUUCAUACUAUCAUACAAACGGCUAAUUAACCGUCACUUAAAUGUUAACUGGUGUUUUUUAAUUUAACGUUCUUAUUUCAGGAUUAAAUCUAAAUAAAUUCAAAACAUAAUAACGUUGAAGCUCGUGUUCAUGCUAUCCAACAAACGGCUAAUUAACCGUCACCUAAACUAAACGUUAGUUGGCUUUAAAUCUGAAGUGUUUUUAAAUCUAAAUUAAAAACAUAAUACAGUUAAACAUACAAAUACUGGAUAAUGUCUACCGGUGCGUUAACAGUAACUGUAACGUCGUGUAUGUAUAUGUAGGGUUAGUGGCCUUUUAAAGCUAUAAGUGGCUAACUCAUUAUGCUAACAGCUUUUUUGGGAAAUUCAACAGUUAUAUUAAGCCAUGCCAACAUACGUGUGGUUAUAAUUUUUGAAAUAGACACACUGGUACAUUAGUCAUUUAUUAUCUGCAUUUGAAAAAACGAAGUCUUGUCUUCAUAUUUUUGUUGUUUACAUGCGUUUAACUUAUUUUUGGGCUUGUGUGGCUAGCUAGCUGCUUUAGUUAGUUAGCCGUCAGCAGCCAUGUCCUGACAUUUUAUACACGAUUUAGGAUGUUUUGAAUAAAUUCACACAUCCUUUUUUACUCAUGUGGAGUUAAAGUUCGUGUUCAUAUUCACUGAGAUGACACUCAAAUUUCGCCGAAAGAAAGGCUCCGAAGCCAAAAGACUGUUGUCAAAGGACGGUAAAUAAUAGCCACUGGUUCCGUUAACGCCAUUUUAACCGGCGCUCCUCUGCUUAUAAAGGGGCCUGUGUGUGUGUGUUUGGUGGAGGGGAGGGGAGGGUGGGGGGGAGUUGAGUUUAAGUGCCUUUUUAAUAUUUUUUGGAGGUGUCACUGGAGUUACUAAAAGAGGAAGGUGUUGUUUGAUCAUCAUCAUGGAGGGCCUGAGCCGAAGCACUGGAUCCAGGCGGAGCCGUCGGUCCCGUUCACAGCGAGACAGGGACCGGCGGAGGAGGCGAGUGGACCUGGCCGAGCAGAGGGCCACAUCCCUGUCCUCAGGCUCCGACAGGGAGGCGUGCGGCACCAACAGUGUGCUGGGGCCCGGUGGGAGAGAGUGCAGACCCGGGUUUGGGAGACACAGGCCGCCACGCCGGAGGAAGAGAGAGUCGGUGUCCUGCGAGGAAGACAUCAUCGAUGGCUUCGCUAUAGCCAGCUUCAUCAGCCUGGAGGCUUUGGAGGGACAUCCUCUGGAGACUGGCUACAUCUGUGACACGGAGAGUGAUACAGGAGACAAGGCCUCCGACAACGACAUGGAUCCAGUGUUCACAGUCAGCACAAGGAAAGUCGCGGAGCCGGCCCCCUCAAACAUGGGCACAUCCAUGGGCAAAAGCUGCCCCCCUCUCCAGGCCCGCAGCGGCGUCUCCCGGCUGAUGGUGACCCCGAGAGUUUCCGGCCUGGAGCGAAGUCAGGAGAAAAACCUGGAGCCGCAUUUCCCAGAGCCCGUCGCUUCUUCUACCUCGUCUGCCCCCUUCUCUUGCCUGCCUUCCCCGAUCGCCGCCUCGGGCACGAUGCCCCGCCACGGCCCGAUGAACACUAACGGCGGCCGCCACCACAACGGCAGCCCGCCGCUCUCCAAACCCAAACCCUUCCUCACUCUGCCUGGACGGUCUCACUCGAUCUACAACAGGAGCAACACGCCAGUCAAACCUCCGUCGUCUGCUUCGUCUGUCGCGUCUUCCUCGUCCUCCAUGCGGCCCCCGACUCCCUCCACCAGUGUGUCUCUGCCCUACAUCCGCAGCGCAGGAUCCUCAGGGCCCCUCCGACCCCCCUCCCGAGCCGGCUCCGGGGCCCUGUUCACGUCCUCGCCUGGCCUGCCUCCUCCUCCGCCUCUGCUACAAGUACCUCCCCACUCGACGGCAGCAGACCAGGAAAUCCUGCGCCAGAACUUAAACUCCCACUUCUUGAACGCACAAGAGCGCGAGGGCAGACGCAGCGUCCCGGGUGCCGAGAACAACUCGGAGCCGUCGGCCGCUCCACGCGGAGGCCCGUCGGCGUCGGGCUCCACGCCGGGAUCGUCUGGCCGGUCGUCUCAGAACCAGCCGAGCAUCCCGCUGGCCUUCCAGUUCCAUCAGCACAACCACCAGCACCAACACACGCACACGCACCAACACUUCACGCCCUUCCUGCACCCCACGCCUACCGCACCGCCUCUGUUUGAUAAGUAUCCAGGCAAAAUGGACGGGCUGUACAGACACCCUUACUUCCCACAAUACCCGCCGCCCUCAGUGCCGAGUAAGCCUGUGAUUCCUCCCGCCGGGCCUUUCAGCUCCCCAGGAGCCUUUCAGCCAAAGCCUCUUGUCCCUCAGGGAUCGGGUCCUGAUAUAACGGCUCGGCUCGGUGUUGUGCCUCACCACCUGCAGCCCAAAGACCCCCGGCUAACUGAUCCAUUUGGGACAUCGUUGAAAAUCAGUAAUAAACCAGGAAAAUGGUGCGCUAUGCAUGUUUAUGUGGCCUGGAUGAUUCAGCAUCAGAGAAAAGUGAAGCUGAUGCAGGCUGAUCCUCACAAGUUGGACUUCCGUACUGACCUGCUGGCCCGUCUUCCCGGCGCCGGGGGACUGGGCCCGCUGGGACCCAUAGGAGGAGCCAUGCCUCCCACUCAUGACCUGACCAGACCUCCCAGUCUGUUCUCAGCUACAGGUGCAGUCAAUCCGUCCUCAGCUCCUUUCAUGUCUCCAUCAACGCCACACUCCUCUUUCCUGGCACCAGCUGCACACUUAGAUCCGUACGGCCGAUCCCCGCCCUUCACCCCGCUGGGAGCUCUGGGUUCUGGUGCCUUCGGAGGACUAGCGGGCUCCAUGUUUGGUCCUAAAGACUCACCGGUCGGAGGACUGUCCAACCCGAAUCAUCACGACCCGUGGAAUCGCUUACACGGCGGCCCGUCCGGAUUCCCUCCUGGACCCAGCUGGGCUAAAGGGGCGGACAAGAGGGAUGAGAGGGACCGAGGGAAGGACGGAGAGAGGAGAGACAUACCACAUAUUAAAGAUGAGAAGGACAGAGACAACAUGCUGUACGGCCGACAACCUGUGAGAAUGUCUCCAGUCGCUCCUUCCUUCAAGCCCCGCAGUAGCACCCCGGUCUCCCACAUCAACGGCCACAGCAGCUCCCUGGGGGGCAGCGGCGGGCCCAUCGAGGACCUGACGCGCAGCCUAAACAGAGACAGAGAGCGGGAGCGGGACAGAGACGGGGACAAGAGGCCGCUGCCCACAGUGUCUUCGAGGGGGCCUCCGCUCGGCCCUUCGUCUUUAGUAGCAGACAGGGACAGGCCGAGGUCUUCCUCAUCCUCCGUGCUCACCACCCCCCCGCCCUCCAACCGCUCGGCCCCGUCUCCUUUGGACCUUUACCCCCGCCAAAUGGCUCCGACAGUACACAGCCUCCACAGCGAACCCUCACACUCCCAAAGAGACGGCAGCGCCCCCCCAUCCUCCUCCGCCUCCUCUUCUGUCACAUCUUUGUCUCAGGCCAAGAAGUCUGAUCGGACCACACCCGUCUCCAAACCUCCUCUGCUCCUCCCGCCGGUGAAAGUGAAAGAGGAGCGGAAAGAGGAGCCGGAGCACAUCCCCAUCACGCUGCCUCCCCCCGUAUCCAACCACAGCUUCGAGCGCCCCAACAGCCAUCCGCACCACCACAGAUCCGGUACUCCUUCCUCUUCCUCUUUAUCACUGACUCCUACUCCCGGCGUCCCCCACCAUCCACCCACUCCGAACCCUCCGAACCCCCCGCACCCUCAGCACCCUCAGCACCCCCAGCACCAUCAGCACCCUCAGCAUCCUCAGCAUCCUCAGCAUCAUCAGCACCAUCAGCACCCUCAGCACCCUCAGCACCAUCAGCACCCUCAGCACCAACACCUCGCCCUGCUGGACCGCUCAAGAGCCCUGGAGGCGUAUCUGGGGAGCGCAGGUGCCGGCGGGUUGGUAGUGGGUCCGGGCGGAGAACGCUUCACCCACGGGCCGCAACAAGGGCCGUCGCAGGGUCCGCACAGCUUCACUUGGGACCCCUGGAGGGAGCUGGCGGCUCAGCAGCAACAUCAGCAUCGCAGGGAGGCUCUGGCGCUGCGGUCGGACCCUCACCUCGCCCUGCGGUCCGAUCCGCACCUGGCCCGGCUGCUGCAGCAUCAGCGCCUCCUGGAUGCGGAGAGGGUCGCGGCCGUGGCGGCUGCGGCGGCGGCGGCUAACCCUCACCACCCUUCCACGUCUACCUCUUCUGCCUCCAACGUCGUCCGCCAGGAGUUCGGCCUCAUGGCUCACCACUUCGACCGCCCCCCUCAUCAGCUCGGACCGCCGGGAGGAGGCCUGAUGGACGAGGAGCAGCGCGCCCAGAUCCUGAGGGAAGACUUUGAGCGGGCUCGCAUCUUCGGCAUGCACCCGCACCUUCCUCACGGCGCCCACCUCUCGAGCCCCUCCCACGCUGCUACUGCCGCUCACCUGGAGCAGCUCCACUCUGGCCUUCUCUCGCACCAACUCCCCCCGGGAGCGGCGGCGGCGCAUCAGCACACCGCGGGUCUCUACUCGCGGCUGGGCCAACUACACGCACACAACGGCAUCCUGGCGAAGACCCCCGGGGGUUUGGUGGGACCCAUGCCGGUGGGGGCGCCGCCUCCGCUCAUUCCGUCCAUCACCAGCCGGUCGUCCACGCCUCCCCGCGGUUCUAGACUCACGGGGCCGGGUGAGCUGGCUCUGUACAGCGCCCACAAAGACGGAGAGUCCAGAUAGUACAGGGACAACACUGGAGGAGAUUUAAGGGAAAUGUCAGGAUCACUGUGCUGCUCUCAACCUGCCCCCCCCUCACCCCUCCUUUUUUUUUUUUUGUUUUCUCCCUCUCUUGCAAACUACUAAACCCUCCCCCCCCUCCCCGGUUUAAAAACCGAGUCCUAGUGACCGUAACUGGGGAGGAGAUGAUGGUAGAGAGGGGAAAUGCAAGACUCAUCAGUGUGACUUUGAAUAUGCCCCCCCCCCCAAUGGUUCUAUCAGUGCAAUUUAAAGGUACAUGGUUUCUGUGCAUCUUGGUGUACUUUGGUUUUUUUAAUUUUCUAACAGCUGUUGGUUAAGUACAGUAAUCUGAACGCUGUAAGAAGAAGAAGAAGAAGAAGCAGAAGAAGAGGCAGAGGACAGCUUUUUUUUUUUUUUUUUUUUUUUCCUUUUCAUUUAGUCAGGUGAAAUAUGAUCCGUGCUUAUAAU